AUGGCUGCGCUGCGGAGGCUCCUGUGGCCGCCGCCUCGGCUCCCGCCGGCGCCCUCCCCGCACCACCCGCUCCCCGGGCCGUGGGGGCGGCCGGCGGGCACAGCCGCGGGCCCUCCCGGCCGGCCCGCGCCCUGCCCGGCGGAGGAGGAGGACGGGGCCGUGGCGCAGGCGGCGUGGCGGCGGCGGCGGCGGCGCUGGGGGGAGCUGAGCUUGGCGGCGGCGGCCGGCGGCGGGCUGGUGGGCCUCGUGUGCUACCAGCUGUACGGGGACCCCCGGCCCGACGCGGCGCGGGCGGCGCCGGCCCCCGGGGGGCCCCGCCCCGAGGGCGCCGGCCUGGAGGCGGAGGAGGCGCCCCGCGGCCGGGGGCUGCUGCCCAUCCCGGUGGCCGCGGCCAAGGAGACGGUCGCUGUGGGCAGGACGGACCCGGAAGACUUGGACCUCUAUGCCACAUCCCGGGAAAGGCGGUUCCGUUUGUUUGCCUCUGUAGAAUGUGAAGGGCAGUUAUUCAUGACUCCGUAUGAUUUCAUUUUGGCUGUUACAACAGAUGAGCCCAAACUUGCUAAAACAUGGAAGUCACUUUCCAAACCGGAAUUAAAUCAAAUGCUCUCUGAAACACCGCCAGUUUGGAAAGGAUCAUCAAAGCUAUUUCGAAACCUUAAAGAAAGAGGUGUGAUUUCUUACACAGAAUAUCUUUUUCUCUUGUGUAUUUUAACAAAGCCUCAUGCAGGAUUUAGAAUAGCUUUCAACAUGUUCGACACUGACGGCAAUGAGAUGGUAGACAAAAAGGAGUUUUUGGUGCUUCAAGAGAUAUUCAGGAAAAAAAAUGAAAAGAGAGAAACUAAAGGAGAUGAAGAAAAGCGUGCAAUGCUGCGUCUUCAACUGUAUGGAUACCAUUCACCUACUAAUAGUGUACUUAGACCAGAUGCUGAGGAACUUGUCUCCAGAAGCUACUGGGAUACACUGAGACGUAACACAAGCCAAGCACUCUUUUCAGACCUCGCAGAGCGUGCUGAUGACAUGAGUUUGGUAACAGAUACCACACUUCUUGUACACUUUUUUGGAAAGAAAGGAAAAGCUGAGCUCAACUUUGAAGAUUUUUAUAGAUUCAUGGAUAACCUCCAAACAGAAGUUUUAGAAAUAGAAUUCCUUUCCUACUCUAAUGGAAUGAAUACCAUCAGCGAAGAAGAUUUUGCUCAUAUUCUUUUACGAUAUACAAAUGUGGAAAAUACAUCCGUAUUUUUGGAAAAUAUGCGUUACAAUAUAGCUGAAGAAAAGGGCAUCACAUUUGAUGAAUUCAGGUCAUUUUUCCAGUUUUUGAACAACCUAGAGGAUUUUGCAAUAGCCUUGAAUAUGUACAACUUUGCAAGUCGUUCUAUAGGCCAAGAUGAAUUUAAGCGUGCUGUCUAUGUGGCUACUGGUCUCAAACUUUCUCCGCAUUUAGUGAACACAGUCUUCAAGAUUUUCGAUGUUGACAAAGAUGAUCAAUUAAGUUAUAAAGAAUUUAUUGGAAUUAUGAAAGACAGACUCCAUAGAGGAUUCCGGGGUUAUAAAACAGUUCAGAAGUAUCCCACUUUCAAAUCCUGUCUGAAGAAGGAACUGCAUAGCAGAUAA